AUGUCCGCGAGAGUCCAGCCAGGCGGCCGUCCCGGCGGCUCGAGGUUCGCACAGUUCAAGCUGGUGCUGCUGGGAGAGUCGGCCGUCGGAAAGAGUUCGCUCGUCCUGCGCUUCGUCAAGGACCAGUUCGACGACUACCGCGAGUCGACCAUCGGCGCCGCCUUCCUGACCCAGACCAUCGCCCUCGACGACACGACGACCGUCAAGUUUGAGAUAUGGGAUACCGCAGGCCAGGAGCGCUACAAGUCCCUGGCGCCCAUGUACUACCGCAAUGCCAACUGCGCCGUCGUCGUCUACGACAUCACCCAGGCCUCGUCGCUAGACAAAGCCAAGGCGUGGGUGAAGGAACUGCAGCGCCAGGCCAACGAGAACAUCGUCAUCGCUCUUGCCGGCAACAAGCUCGACCUGGUGACGGAGAACCCCGACAAGCGCGCAAUACCCGCUGCCGACGCCGAGCAGUACGCCAGGGAGGCCGGCCUGCUGUUCUUCGAGACGUCGGCCAAGACGGCCGAGAACGUGCGGGAGCUAUUCACCGCCAUCGCAAAGAAGCUGCCGCUCGACCAGGCCGGCCCGCGCAGCAUCAGGUCGGGCCCGCGUCCUGGCGUCGAUCUGCGGCCCGAGGCAACCAGCGGCCAGGGCGCCGCGGGCUGCAACUGCUAG